AUGGCGAAAAUUAUAGCUAUCACAGGUGCGAAUAAAGGGUUAGGAAAAGCGAUUAUAAUAUAUUAUUAAAUCUAAGCCAAAUCUAUUUAACCUUCAAUUUUAUAUUUUAUGAAAAAAUUGAGUUAUAUUUCUUUUCAGCUCAUCAGGCUUAUCCUGAACUAAUAUAUUGAGAAAAUCAUUCAAGAAGCUCCUGAAUUUGAUGUAGUAUUGAUGACGUCCAGAAAUACAGAGCGCGGAUUCAGAACUAAAGGAGAGCUUGAAAUGAAGUAUGGCAAACAAAGCCGCUUACACUACCAGCAAUUAGAUGUCACUUCACUAGAAAGCAUCAGAAACUUUGCUGAGUUUGUCCAAAAAACAUACGGCCAUAUCGAUGUCUUUGUUAACAAUGCUGCAAUUUACUCAAAAACAGGCCAAUUUACAAUUGAUAUUGUACAAUCGACUUUAGAUAGCAAUUUUUAUGGGCUUGUCAAUGUGACGGAAGUGAUUUUGCCUCUUAUGAGGGAAAACGGGCACAUAAUUAAUGUUUCAUCCAGAAUGGGCAGCACACAGUGCAUUCCAGAUCCAGAAAUUGCUGACUUCCCCUUUUUAUAUUGAUAAAAAAAAUCCUAAUUUAAAGUGGAUUAAUAAUGUUUAAAUUUUUCUCGAAAAAAAAAAUAAAAGAAUAUAAAUUAAACGCUGUAUAAAUGAUUUUAAUUUAUUUUUAUAACCAUUUAAGAGUGAAAACUGUUUAAAUAAUAUUUUACUUGCAUUAUUCCAUUAAAUUAGGUAAAAGUAAUUUAUAAAAAUUAGUAUAUAUCCUAUAAAAUUUACCUUUAAAAGGGUUUAUGUACCCAAAAAAAAGAAAUUUUUAUCAAUAUUUGUUCAAGUUUAAAGAGGAGUGAGCGAUUUCUUUCAGAUUAUUUGACAAGAGAAGAACUUUUUCGCUUAGCUCAUGAUUUUCUUGAAGGCACAAGAGCAGGAAAUUGGGUUGCAAGAGGUUGGCCAACUCAAGCUUACUCAGUGAGUAAGGUCCUUGUAAAUGGUUAUACAAGAGUACUAGACAGAGAGCUUAGAGACAGAAGAAUUAAAGUCAAGGUAAAUUCUGUAUGUCCAGGCCACUUGAGAACUGAUAUGGGAGGUCCAUCUGCCCCUUUUUCUGUAGACGAAGGUACAAUUACUCCUAUGAUUAUGAUAAAGUAUACAGGAGAAGAAUCUGGAAGAUUCUGGUAUAAUGGAGGAGUACAGGAAUGGGCUUAA